AUCUGCCGUGUGCUGCAGUUCCUCUCUGUUUGCUCUUGAGACCCUCGCGCUCAGACUUCUUUAAGGCCACAAGAUCAAGCAAAGGUGCGGAAGGCUUUCCCAUUUCUCUGGCCAUACACUGAGGUGUCUAAUAGCCUCCAGCUCAGGGCUGUGCAUGUGAGAAGUGAAUCUGAGAAGAGAAGGGCAGACACUUAAAGAGAGAGAAGAGUUUCCCACAGAGUAUGGCCUCUGCCAAAAAAGAUGGCGUGGAUGAAAGAAUGGUGGACAUUAAAGAAGAGGACUGUGAGUGGCUCACACCAGAGGAUGUGUGUGUGAAGCUGGAGGAUCAUGAAGAAAGAAUUUCAGUUUUUAAAGAGCAGGAGGAGUGCAAGGGGGUGACUGCUGCCAUUAAAGCUGAGGAUUUGAAUGAUUUCUCAUGUGGUCUUCAACAUCAACAGCAUGAAACUGAGGGUAUUUUCAAGCGAGAUGCCUGUGAAGAAUCUCCAUCCGGUUUACAGUCCUGGUCCACUAAUACGGGACGACUGGCUAAGCAGGAGAAUUCUGUAGAGCUGAAAUCAGAGUUAUCAGAGUCUGAAGAGAAAAUCACCGAGGAAAAUGGGAGAGAAGGAGAAGAGUCAACUGGGAGUGUUGGAAUAAAUUUACAGAAGAAUGGCAGCGUCUCUCCACCUUCAUUUUGUGAACCCUCUCCUCAAUACAAAGAGAAAGGCAUGAAGAAAUCAGCAAGAGGAUCAGAGAACCUGACAGCAGACUAUUUGCAGUGCAGUUCUCUCACUGCUACUGGAGCAACACAGACAGAAGCCAUCAAAACUGAUCGACAGCAAGUGGAGAAAGAAAUCCAAAUUCAUACUGGAAAAAAAUGUUUGGAAUGUGGGAAACAAUUCACACAAAAAAGUUCUCUUAAUAAACAUAUGAAGAUUCACACAGGAGAAAAAACAUAUUGCUGUUCAGAAUGUGAUAAGUCGUUCUUAAAGAAAAGAAGUCUUCAGAUACACAGAAGAAGCCACACAGGAGAAAAAACGAGUUGUUGUCCAGAUUGUGGCAAGUCGUUGUCAUGGAGAAGCAGUCUUCAGAGGCACAGAAGAAUCCACACAGGAAAGAAACCUCAUUGUUGUCCAGAAUGUGGUAAGUCGUUCUCAAUGAAAAGCAAUCUUCGGAGACACAGAAGAAUCCACACAGGUGAACAGCCUGACUAUGAAGUAGCAGCCUCAAAGCACCCCAAGCUGGUUGAUCCUGAUAGAAAUCUGAAGAGGAAACUCUGUGAGAAACAUCAGAAAUGUCUGGAGAUGUUUUGUAAAACUGAUGAGAAGUGUAUCUGCAUGAUGUGUAAAAUGACUGAACAUGGUAGUCAUGAAAAGGUCGAGCAGAAGAUGGAAAGAGAAGGAAAACAGAAACAGCUGGGGGUGACACUGAGGAAAAUUAGGAGGAGACUUGAAGAAAAAGAGAAGAAACUGAAGGAGACAACGAGGACAGUGGAAGAGAUGAAGCUUUCUGUGGAAAGAGUGAUGAGGGAACACGAGAAGAGCUUCACUGAUCUGAUUCAUUGCAUUGAGGAAGCCCACAAGAAAUUGACAGAGAGGAUCAGAGAACAAGAAAAGAGAGAAAUGGAGAAGGCUGAAGGAGUCAUGGAGCAGCUGCUUUCUCACCUCUCUGUGUCCUUCCUGCUGACGGAGACUCGCUCAGCUUUACUGUCACGGUUGAGUUUUCUUCUGAGGACCUGCUAA